AGAGGGAGACGGGGUGGCUGAAGGUGACCCGUCCCCUGGACAGGGAAGCCAUCGACAGAUACAUGCUGAAUUCCCACGCGGUGUCUGCCAACGGGCAGCCCGUGGAGGAGCCCAUGGAGAUCCUCAUCAAGGUGAACGACCAGAAUGACAACCGGCCCCAAUUUACCCAGACCGUCUUCCGAGGAGAGGUGCCGGAAGGAGCCAAGCCAGGUACCGCCGUGAUGCAAGUGACGGCAACUGACGCCGACGACGACAUCGACACCAACAACGGGGUCAUCACUUACUCCAUCCUCAGCCAGGAGCCCCCACUGCCCUCCAGACAGAUGUUCACCAUCAACAACAGCACGGGCUUGAUCAGCGUGAUCACGACGGGCCUCGACCGGGAGAAAUAUCCCAGGUACACGCUGGUCCUCCAGGCCGCAGACAUGCUGGGCUAUGGCUUCGCCACCACUGCGAGCGCCGUGAUCUCCGUCACCGACGCCAACAACAACCCGCCCAACGUCGACCCCGUCACGACUGCUGCCCCCACGGAGCCCCCCCACGCCUCCCUGACUGUCCACGCACUGAACAUGCUCACGGGGCUUCCUGCAACAGACCUGACCAUGCACUUCUCUCGGCUCGGGCGCUCCAACGAGCCGUGGCAGGAGAUCAUGAAGAGCACGACAAACGAGGACGGGCGCAUGGGCGGGGGCAGCGUGCCGCAGGGCCUGCUGGCAGCCGGCACCUACAAACUGCGCUUCGACACCGGGGAGUACUGGCAGCGGCUGGGUCACACCAGUUUCUACCCGUACAUAGAGGUCGUCUUCGUGGUGACCGAGGCGGAACGCAAGGUGCACAUCCCGCUGCUGCUCAGCCCCUACUCCUACACCACCUACCGAGGCAGCUAGCGGAGCCGGCGGGCGUCUCGAGGCGCAGCCUCUUCUCCGGGGGGCUGCACGUGGCGCCCGAGUCCUGCUCUGGGUGCGGAUGCUGGCCCGGGCCCAGCCACGUGCAGCUGCCAGUCCAUACUGUGAGGCUAAUAAAAAACCGAUUUGCAAGGUGAA